AUGGGUAAAAUGAAAAGAGCGAGACAGAAGCUGCACACGGCUGCAGCCAGGGCAAAGAAAAAUGAGCAGAUAAAGAAGAGUAACAGCAUAGAAGAUGAACCUGUCAUGGAUCUUUCACCUUCUGUACCUACAGAUCCAGCUGCUGGAGUACCAAGAGGAGAAAAUUUAUUCCAGAAUGUGAAAAUAUCCUCUUCCGAUCUGGUGAAACAGAAACUGCCAGAUUUUGAUGCUCGCAGCACAAUCACAAGCAAGACCUUUAAGGGACAGAAUUUGAAGAAGAAAGACAAGCAUAAAAUUAGACGAGAGGCCUGGACAGCAAAAAUAGACAUGAUACAAACGACCAAGAAGAAAGCAAGGGAAAGAAAACGCAAGCAGCAGACACCGAUUGUGGGCGAUCUAACAGCAAUGGAAGAUGCUCUACCCACCUUAGAGCUUCUUAUGAAAGAAUCAACAGAUGACUUUAGCAAAAGACAGCCUGAGGAGAAACCAAGAUCUAUACCUAAAGAGAAGAAAAGAAAGAAACAGAUGCUGGACGACAUGGCCCUGUUUAGCAAAGUUGUGGCACAUCCUGUUUUCCAGGGUAACGCAAGCCAGGCCAUUAAAGAGCACUUGAAAAACAUGCUGCAUGAGGUAGGAGAGGAAAGCAUGAAGUCUUGA